AUGAACAAGAAUAGAAUGAGUACUCGUAGAGCUCAUUCACCUCGAACAAAAGAUGCUAUUUACUGGCGUUAUCAUUGGAAAAACUCUGAUCCUGUUAUGAUAGCUAGAAGAAUCGGUACUAUAAAUUGGGUUCUUUUGCGUGAUAAGAUAAAUGAAAUGAAUGAUAGACAUGAGAAAGAAGCUAACCCACACACCAUACGUGCUCAGAUUAUUGCAUCCCAGUUACAAAAUAUAUCAAGAGAAACAACACUAACUCAUACAAAACAUGAAGAUGGCUUUGAAAAAUGUACAAAGGAAAUGAGUAUUGAGUCUACUGAUCAUAAAGGUGGUCCAUACACCAAAGGAAUGACACCAGAAGAACGGAAACAGUUUUUCAGAACAAAAUUAAAUCAGAAAGCUCGUGAAGGUUUUCGAUUUUGGGUAACUGAACGGCCUAAACCAACAAAAUUUGGCCAUUACUCAAUGGGAGCCAAAUAUACUUUCCUUGGAUUAUGCAAUGCCCCGAGAAGUUGA